UUGCAGGUUCGAAGUUGGAGCUCAAAAGCCUCUCUGGCCUUCCUCUCCCAAAGAAUCAAGAAAGAAACUCUCUCUCUCUGAAAAUUCAGACAAUGGCUGCUGUUGUCGAAGAUAUUGAGGUUGGCUUUGAAGAAGCAAUGUCGUGGCUGCCUUCUCACGUUCUCGAUGAGGCAGUAUGGGACACCAAAAAGAAUAGGGAUGAUAUGAAGUAUCAUUCUCAUCGCCAUCGUCCAAAGUUACCUACUGAGCCCUUUUCAUCGCACUCGAAGGCUAGCUCAAGACGACAUCACAAACCAAGAAAUUGGAGCAACUGGGCAUCAGGAGGACCUGGAAUGCAGGCUUUUUUCCUAGAUUCUGGCCAGAAGUCAUGCGGGACUGGUGUUUUCCUUCCUCAAAGGGCUGGCAACAACUUUCAGUCAAGCAGAAAACCAGCUUGCUCUCCGGUUCUCCUCCCUUCCCGGGUUGUUCAAGCUCUCAACUUGAACGUUCAUGAAUUAGGCCUGCAAAUUUCUCCCCGGCGAGAUCCCAAAAAUAACACAAGACGUGGAGACUUGAAUUCACUGAAUAAUAAAAAUGGGAAGGAUGUAUCAACUAAACGUUGUGUUAUUUCCCAGAAUGAAAAUACUUCGCCGGAGAUAUUUCUUCCCAAGGAAUGGACUUACUAGGCUCUCAAAACUUCCAAAGGCCAACUUUAUUUUAUCCGUUACCCCCCCAAAAUUCAUAAAAGCUAAAGCAUUAGGUUUAUGAUUGUGCUACUGACUGCUAAUGAUCGAGUAAUGUAUCAUAAAUAAUGACCGCACAAAUCAUCCAUGUGAUUGAUUAUCGUAAUUUAUUUAAAUAAAAAUACUCCAUUCAUUUCUUAGUCUUAGAAUUUUGGGAUAAGAUGCUC